AUGGAUAAUGUUUCUGGUUGGAAAAGGUUGUGGAAAUUGGGGGUUCCUCCUAAGGUUUUGCAUUUUCUAUGGUGUGUCGUUUCAAGUUGUUUGCCAACUAAAGUGCAAUUACAAACUAAGCAUGUUAAUGUGGAUCUUCAGUGUCAAUUCUGCCUUACCUUUUAUGAAACCAUAUCACAUGUGCUUAUGGAAUGUCAAUUUGCAAAGGCAUUUGAGGUUUCGGUUGAUACAGCUAUGGUAAGUUGGUCUAUAUGGAAUGCUCGCAAUGAUGUGUUUUGGAAGCAAAAAAACUGUAGCUGGUGUAGUACUCUCGGCCCGAGCCACUCUGCAGCAGUGGUCUGCUGCUCAAGUUCAAAGAACCGGCCCGCUGCUGGUUUUCAAUUCACAUUCGGUGUGGAGCGUUGGAAAAAGCCUCUGUCAAGCUCCAUUAAAGUGAAUGUGGAUGGUGCAAUAUUUUCGGCGGAGCAAAAGUUUGGGUUCGGUUAUGUAGCACGGGACGCUCAUGGGAAGCUCAUUGAGGGGAUUUUAGGUAGUUGGACAGGAGCUGUGGGACCUGAGAUUGCCGAGGUUAUCGGGGUGAAGGAAGCGUUGAGUUGGAUCAAACGCAAAGGGUGGACUGGGGUGGAAAUUGAGACAGAUGCGUUAGUGGUGGUGCAGGCUGUUCUUGGCUCAGUUUCAAUGCCAUCUCAAUUUGGUUUUUUAGUUCAAGAUUGUCGGUCUUUGAUUUCGUCUCUUAAUUGUGUGUCUUUACAUUUUGUUAAACGGUCUGUAAAUAGGGUUGCUCAUUGUGUUGCUCGAGCGUCUUGUUUUCACUCAGAUCGUAUUUUUAGUGAGCGUAAUGCUCCUCCUGAACUAAUGUCUAUGGUUGAUGCUGAAUGUUUCUGA